CCGAAAUCAGUCUUUACAUGCAUCAGUGGUGUGGAAAGAUGGGCAGUGAAUGAAGAUUUCUUAAUAUGUGAGGGUGUUUGAAAUGCCGAGGCGUUGUGCAGCAUAUGGUUGCAACAGUGUGUUAGUGAAAGGCAGCGGCAUCUAUUUUUUCCAAUUUCCGAAAGACCCAACCGUCCGGCGGAAAUGGGUCCAUUACUGCAAGAGGAAAUUUGAGGUGAAGUACCACCAUUAUUUGUGCAGUAAGCACUUCUCGAAAGGUAUGGUGGAUCGAGACCCAGAGCGUCUUGCUAUUUUGGGCUACCCUAAUGCUAUAUGUAAGCUGAAAACUGGAGCUGAACCAGACAUUCCCCUUGAAGUUACUCUGUCAGAACAACAACAACAACCGCAUCAGCAACAACAACAAACCGAGACUCUUGGUAAUGUACUAAAACGACCACGUAAAGAGUUCCAAGAGGAAAGCUGUGGUAGAAGAAUGGAAGCUAGUGCUGAGAUGAGAAAUGCAGAUAUCUCAGAUGAACCUCAAGUAUGGCCUGUAGGCCCCAUCAUCAAGGCAAGAGCUGUUCAGCAGACGGAUGACCAUCAGCUGUGGUCCAUUGUCAAAACAGAACACAAUAUUCUUCCAGAUAGGUCUUCUAUUUGUUCCACUGUUAAAAGAGAAAGUGAUGCCCUCCCAGAUAAACCCAUCAUUUAUUCCGUAAAGAUAGAUGGUGAGGAUUCCUCAGGUGGGCCUCAGGUGUGGCAUAUUGUUAAGGAAGAGGAUAGUGGGGAUUGUUCAGAUGAGAGCAAUGGCAUAGGUCUCCAGAAUGAAUUAGUGAGCCCACUUACUGGAGAAUGCGAUGCUGAUGCUGACCUGACGGAGAAUCUGUUGUCACAGUCCUCUGUGGUGUGUGCUGACACAAGAACUGGUCACAUCCCAGAGGAGAAUGAAGUCAAUCACAUGGUUAAGACACAGAAUAAGGACAACCCAAGGAGUUCUGGGUUGAGGACAACAGUAGGACUAGACACAAAUGUAAGCAUUUCCACGACUAAGUUCCCCAUAUGUAGAUAUUCCAUGCAGUCUAACAGAACCUCAAAAAGACAAGCAUCCAGUGUUGAAGAGAAGCUUAGAGGUCAUCUCAUCAAUGACAUGCUUACUGGAGGAGAAAUGGGAGGCAGUACAGAGGUACAUUCUAAACUGUCUGCAGGAAAAAAGGCAGUGGAAAUUCCACAGGAUUCAGGAUACAAUGAUGUUUGUGUGCCAUUAGUUCUACAUAGUCACCGGUAUGAAUCCUCAGUUGUUUUGAGGCGCUGUGGUGCCGUAGAUAUUCGUGCGACACAGUACCCAUGUGAAGGGUACACAAAAAAUGGUAUGGAAUUGAAUGAUGAGAUACAAGGAGUUGUUGUGUCUGGUUCACGUGAAGUUAUCUUGAACCGUGGUGCUGGCACUCCCCCAGGGGAUGAUCAGGGACAGAGUACAGCGCUACCGGCAGGUGUCAGAAAACCAUACAGGUGUAAAUUGUGUCAGAAGUACUUUUCAUCCAUGGACACUCUCAGGGGACAUUAUCUCGUGCACACAGGCGCACGGCCUUUGACUUGUGAUGUGUGCCAGAAAAGUUUUAACCAUCUAUCCAACUUAAGACGACAUAAACGAAUACACACAGGUGUUAAGCCGUAUACCUGUAGCACCUGUGGCAAAAGCUUUACACGUCUCUCCACACUGAAAACGCAUAGUCUAACACACUCAGAAGACAGACCUUACACCUGUAAUACGUGUGGUAAAAGUUUUGCUGAAGAAUGCAAGCUGACGUCACACAGUCAAACUCACACUGGGGAAAAGCCCUUCGCGUGUAUUACAUGUGGCAAAAGCUUUGCUUGGCUUUCCAUAUUGAAGAAGCACAGUUUAACACACACAGGGUUGAAGCCUUAUUUCUGUUUUAUAUGUGGGAAACGGUUCGCUGAUCCUUCAGCUUUAAAAACACAUGGUCUAACACACACGGGUGAGAGGCCUUUUACAUGUAAUAUUUGCGGCAAAGGCUUUACUACACAGUCCAAUUUGACAUCACAUGGUGUAACGCACAGGUAACAGACUGGGUUUCUGGCUAUAGUCGGUGGUAUACUCAUCAGUGGUAUACUCAUCUUCAUUAAAUGAAAUCUAACACAACGUAUUUUGGUCACGCUUUUAUAUCGCUCUGUUUACUGUACAAUAAGCGUUGCUAUGUGUAAAUGCUAUAAGUGUUUGAUUUGGUAAAAUGGAGAUGGAUACACCUAUAUCUGUCUGGGUUGAUAAGAGAAUAUUACACAUAUACAGAUGAACGUAACACGGUAACGCCGGUGACAGAAGCUUUGUUUUCAAAUCUCCACAUCAAGCCGACUCUGAAGGAAGGCUUCUUAGCCCAUACAGUGGACACGAGCUAAGGCCCGGUUGUUCGAAAGCGUACUGGCUGAUACUGGUAUUUUCUUAUAUUACAUGUUUAAAAUUUUAGUGAACUUUUGGAUAACCAUUUUAGUUAUCCAAAGACAGAGUAAUCCAUGCAGAAGACUUAGUUCAUAUGUCAUCUACUGUUACGCAAUUAUUUUGGGCAAAGUACAAACCUGAAAACUUGGCUUCAAGUUAAAUCUGGUAUCAUGUUUCAAGACAGAUUUGAACAACCGGGUCCAGAACCCGCAAUCUGCUUUGAAAACAGGGCUAAGUAUAAAUAAUUUCUGUGAUGUUUUUUCUGUAACAAACAGGAGGUGUGCAGAAACAGACCCACACAGGAUUGAUGUAAUUAAAUAUUCAUUCUUCCACGGAAGUAUAAGGUUAACAUAAGGGAUCCAUUCCACUGUAUCAUUCUCCAGAAAUGCCGCCAUUUCUGGAGCCGCGAAAAGUUCUGUGCCGCCAUAUUACUCGUUGAAAAAUGUAGUAAAAUAUGUUUAUGCCACCACAUUGCAUAUUAUCGACCGACAUGGAAUAUUCCAGCAUGUCUCUUGCAUUGAUGACUGUUAUCAGUUCUUGUCUGAUAUUAAAUUCGUAAUUAUCAUUCGUGAUUUGGUCGGUUUAUUUUCGAUUUUUUUUUUUACGUUACCUGCUAACUGUGGAACAUGCGUCAUUUUUCCUAACUCAUGUAACAAGUGAAUUAAACGGGUAUCACUGAUCCAUAACGAAAAGGGUCGGGGGAAGUUGAAAAUCUUCUUUUCGAGAAUUCAAAUUAGCUGCGAGUGAUAUUUACCGGCCAGGUGAUUAUAGUCGAAUUAGAAUAAUCGAAAAGCAUGUUCCACAGUAUAGGUCUAAUCUUGUUUAACACUGUUGAUGGGCCUUUGUUUCUUUAAAAUAAGUGAAAUUUGACAAGGGCAUGUAUCACACUACUGCUUGCAACAUUUCAUUGUGUAAGCAAUAGUAACAACAAGCAAACGUGUAGAAGAUGACCGUAUAAUCGCGCGUGCUAUAGGCGUAUACAAUUCACAAGGGCUUGAUAUUGCACAUUUUGUUUUCUGUCAGGUCUACUCCGGCAUUUGCCAUACCAAACCUACGAACCUACAUGCGUGUCCAUGAAUGUAUAUUAAAGCUCGUGUCUACCGACAUGUGCAGACUAUCCUCGCCUUGUCACCUUUCAUCUGAGAAAUGUAGUCUGAAUUUUC